AUGUCGUCGGAAACGAUGGAAAACUGGCCGGAAUGGCUCGUAGAAGGUGUUCGAUUCAUGGAAAAGGUUCGGGAAUGGAUCACUGAGAGGUAUAACGUCUAUUCAAAGCCAUGUAUCUCAGGUGUUUGUAGAGAUAUCGAAAUUGUGUCAACUGAUGAAAUGUACACAGUUUCAUGAUAAGUAUUCUAUUAGUUGACCAUUUUUUUAUAUCUCAAUCGGCAGCUGAGAUACACUGUUUUGAAAGUUGCAGAAGAUCGCAUCGUCAGGCCGUCCACAACGCGCCAAUGAUUUUUCUUUGCUUUGUCAUCAUCAAUCUCUCCGUUUUUAUCAUUUUUUCGGAUGUCGAGGAGGAACGCGAAAAUCUGUCGCUUUCCCGAGUUCCGUACCAAAUCGACCCGUUGUUCGAGGUCACUUCCAACUAUUUCACUUGUUUCAAUCCAUGGUACAAAAGGAAGGAAAUGAAACGCUUUUGA